UAAGCAAAACGAACGUCCCCACGGUCUUCUAGCCGGUUUUUAUAUAUCAUUUUAACAUUGUUGGAAUUUACGGGUUUUGUACCGUUAUUACAAACCUGAAAGCUCUGCUUUAUCUAACACACGCAUUCAGAGGUAAAAUAAUGCUGCGUAUUCUCAAUCGUACCUCUCGACUGGUAGCACCAGGUGUACGUACGUUCAGCAGUGAAGCAGCCGGUCAGCAAAAGCCUCUGGUCAUUACAGAGGUAGACGACAAAACGGGAUAUGCAACGGUGACUCUAAAUCGCCCUCCAGUGAACAGCUUGAACUUGGAGCUGUUGACUGCAAUUUCGGAAACAUUAGAUGAUCUUCAAAAUAACAAAUCCCGUGGCAUGAUAUUGACAUCGUCAUCUAAUACCGUGUUUAGCGCUGGGUUGGAUAUUAUGGAAAUGUACAAACCCAAUCAGGAUCGUUUAAGAGAAUUUUGGUCUACCCUGCAAGAUGUAUGGUUCAAGCUGUACGGAUCACCGUUCGCCACUGUGGCUGCCAUAAAUGGCCACGCUCCUGCUGGAGGAUGUUUGCUAUCACUUUGCUGCGAAUACCGCAUCAUGUGCCCCAAAUAUACUAUAGGAUUGAACGAGACGCAGCUGGGAAUUGUGGCACCGACUUGGUUCCAGGCAUCUCUCCGAAACACUGUUUCCCGUCGCGAAUCGGAAUUGGCAUUGACAUUGGGUAAAAUGUACAGCACCGAAGAGGCAUUGAAAGUUGGCUUGAUUGACGAAAUCGUGGAGAGUAAAGAGAAGGCACUGGAACGAGCUACGAAUUUCUUGAACUUGUUCCGUAAAAUUUCUCCGGUGGCCCGGGCCAUGACUAAACAAGCGCUGCGAAGCAAAGAUAUAGUGGAACUGGAGGACAAUCGCACUCAGGAUAUUGAUUUGUUCGUGUAUGCCGUUAAUCAGCCAAUGGUUCAGAAAGGUCUGGAAGUGUAUUUGGAAAAUCUUAAGAAAAAGGCCGCUCAAAAGUGAUCACGAUCAGAUGCAUUACGAAGUUGUUGGAUGUAUCGGAAAUAUCCACUAGGCAUUUAUUAUGAAAUAUUUUUCUACAUAAAAGCGAAUAAAGUCAACGUCACUGGUAGCGUAACCAGUACUAAACGA